AUGUCGGUAUCUGCAGCGUUGAAGAGCAGGGUCAGGAGACCCAGUUAUUUGAAGAAGAUAGCCAAGGCUGAGGAUUUGCUGCAUCAUUUUCCCAAUGGCGCAUACGUGGGCUGGAGUGGAUUCACAGGUGUGGGAUAUCCAAAAAAGAUACCCACGGCCUUGGCCGACCAUGUCGAGAAGAACAAUUUGCAAGGUCAGAUGAAAUACAACCUCUUCGUCGGUGCUUCUUCUGGUGCCGAGACAGAAAAUCGAUGGGCGCGAUUGAACAUGAUCGAGCGACGCGCGCCUCACCAGGUAGGGAAGGAAAUUGCCAAGGGCAUAAACAAUGGAAACAUCAAAUUCUUCGAUAAGCAUCUGAGCAUGUUCCCGGUCGAUCUCAUGUAUGGAUUCUACACACUUAACAAACCUAACAACCGCCUCGAUGUCACUAUCGUGGAGGCUUCCGCUAUUACUGAAGAUGGUGGCAUCAUUCCUGGUGCUUCAGUUGGUGCAUCGCCUGAACUUAUCCAGAUGGCUGACAAGAUCAUCAUCGAGGUCAACACCGCGGCUCCCUCUUUCGAAGGUCUUCACGAUAUUACCAUGACCGACCUACCUCCUCGCCGGAAGCCGUACCUUGUUAUGUCUCCUGAGGACCGCAUUGGUACCCCUCACAUCCCGAUCGACCCUGAGCGCGUCGUAGCGAUUGUCGAGAGUGACUACCCGGACCAGACCCAGCCGAACGCCCCGGAGGACGAAACCAGUCGCGCAAUCGCCUCAAAUUUGAUUGAAUUCCUCAAGCAUGAGGUGAAGCACGGCAGGCUUCCAGAAAAUCUACUUCCUAUCCAGAGUGGUAUCGGCAACAUCGCCAACGCGGUGGUUGGAGGUCUCGCUUCGGGAGGCGCCAACUUCAAGAACCUCAAGGUCUGGACUGAGGUGCUCCAAGACAGUUUCCUCGAUCUCUUCGACUCCGGCAACCUCGACUUUGCUACCGCCACCUCAAUCCGCUUCUCUCCCGACGGAUUUGAGCGCUUCUACAAGAACUGGGACCGUUACGCACCCAAGCUACUUCUCCGCUCACAGCAAGUAUCAAACUCGCCUGAGAUCAUCCGCCGCCUCGGAGUUAUCGGCAUGAACACCCCUGUCGAAGUUGACAUCUACGCCCACGCGAACAGCACAUGCGUGAUGGGAUCCCGCAUGCUGAACGGCCUCGGAGGAUCCGCCGAUUUCCUACGCUCUGCCAAGUACUCCAUCAUGCACACGCCUUCCACUCGCCCUUCCAAGACUGACCCUACCGGCGUUUCUUGCAUCGUGCCCAUGUGCACGCACAUCGACCAGACCGAGCACGACCUCGACGUCAUCGUGACGGAGCAGGGUCUCGCCGAUGUGCGCGGUCUCUCCCCGCGCGAGCGCGCUCGAGUCAUCAUCAAGAAAUGUGCUCAUCCCGAUUACGUGCCCAUAUUGGAGGACUACUUCAACAAGGCUGAGUUCGAGUGCUUGAGGAAGGGUUGGGGACACGAGCCGCACCUGCUGUGGAACAGCUUUGAUAUGCAUAAGCAUCUGAAUGAACAGGGUACAAUGAAGCUCCCAAGCUGGGACUGGAGGAGCAGUGAGGCAGGUAUGGCUAGUGAGAAGAGCAAUUUGUAG